AUUGCCGUCGUCAGCUGUUUUUGUUUUGAUAAAUGAUAAUUACGUUUUUAGGUUAGGGUUUACUUUUGUUUUGCUUAAGUUCAAGGAAAACUUGGAGAAAUUUUAAUUUUCACAAUAAUAUUGAGAAUUUCCUUCUCAGCAUAGCUUACAGAGACAUAAUUAUAAUUUUUGUUCAAUGCGUCAAGAUUUCUUAGUUUGUUGAAUUUCAAUUUUGUAACAUUUCAUAAAUGUUACAAAACAUUGAACAUUGAGUGCUUUUGACUCUUGAAGUUUUAUAUUUAAAUCCUUUUGCUUCUGGUUUAUUCAAAUUUUCUAAACAAAAAUGCGGUUUAAACUAGUUACUUUGGAUAUUUUUGGCACCGUUCUCAAACUGCAAUCUGACGUUGGUCAUCAAUAUUCUAAAGCUGGUGCAAAGUUUGGUGUUCACGUAAAUCAGGAUUUGCUGUUAAGAAAUUUCAAGGAAGUCUGGCUAGAUAUGAAUCAGAAGUACCCUAUUUAUGGUGUACAAAGUUUUGGUUGGAGAAAGUGGUGGGAAAAAUUGAUUUAUAAAACAUUUUCCAAGUCAAGUUCUGUUGAAGUAAAUAGAGAAAGUGUUGAAAAUAUUUCUCAACAUUUAUUCGAAAUGUACAAAAAAGCUGAAACUUGGAAAUUGUGUGAUGGAGCAUUAGAUUUCAUGAAUACCAUGCAUGAUAAACAUAUUCCUCUAGUUGUUAUAUCAAACUUUGAUUCAAGGCUUGAAGAUUUGCUUCUAACAAUGAAUGUAAGACAUUAUUUCAAACUUGUUAUUGCUUCCUACAAUGUAGGAGUUCAAAAACCUGAUCUUUCAAUCUUUCAAUUAGUUGAAGAUAAGCUUAAGCAAUUCCCUGAUCUAGCAGAUAUAAGAAAACAUGAAAUAAUACAUAUAGGAGACUCUCCAGAGCUAGAUUAUAUUUCGGCAACCAGAGCAGGGUGGAAUUCAUUUCUUAUCCAAAGCGAUUCUGAUGCUGUUAUUAAAAAAUAUCCUCUUAUAGCAAAGAAUCAUAUUUUUAAGGAUUUAAAAGAAAUAAAAAUAAAACUUCUGUGCAGUUGAAAAUAGCAAUUUUUUGAACAAUAUAGCUUUGCUAAUAUUGUACAUUUUAUUCAUGUUGGAAAAUAUAAUAGGUGUAAGUGUAAGCCUAAUAUGCAAGUGAAAUGUAAGUUAAUUUAUAAAUGUAUGUUUAUAAUGAUAAUUGGUAUUGUCGACAGUUGCUCUUAUUUAAUUAUUAUAUAUGCAAGCAAGAUGCUUUAAAAUAUCUAUUAUAGAAAAAAAUGAACACAUUCUUAAUUAAUUAUUUCAAUGUAAACUAUUAUUUAUAAGUAAAUAAAUGAAAUAUU